CAACAGUUCAACGUUAUAAACAAUUCUGGUGGAGGUUAUUCAGUCUCAUUCAGAACUGACCGAUCCCUUGAACAAAGCAACAGUGUCAGACAUAAACCUCAGUGACAUAAAUCACUAUCGGAGACUAAAGUCUCUUCCUUUUCCAACCCAAGAAUGAAGUACUGUUAAAGCUCGAAUCUUUGCUCUCAGAUAUUCCAUGGCAGAGUCCAACACCCGCAAGUACAUUUCCUGUGAAGAACUGGCGACACACAACAAGCCAGGAGAUCUAUGGAUCUCAAUACAGGGCAAAGUCUACAACGUCUCCAACUGGGCCCAAUCCCACCCCGGCGGCGAGCUCCCAUUGCUCAACCUCGCCGGCCAAGACGUCACCGACGCAUUCGUCGCAUACCACCCCGGCUCGGCGUGGCAACAUCUCGACCGGUUCUUCAAUGGCUACUAUCUCCAACACUACACAGUCUCUGAGGUGUCAAAGGACUACAGGAAACUCGUCAACGAGUUUUCAAACAUGGGUUUGUUCGAAAACAGGGGACUUGGUGUGUAUUUUCAGCUGUUCUCUGUGGCAGUGUUGUUUAGUUUGAGUGUCUGUGGUGUUCUGUUUUCUGGUCAGACGUGGGUUCAUAUGGUCUCGGGUGGGUUAAUGGGCUUGGGUUGGAUUCAGAGCGGGUGGCUUGGUCAUGAUUCCGGGCAUUACCAGAUCAUCAGGAACAAAAAGGUGAACAGAUUCGCUCAGAUCCUCACCGGAAACUGCCUUGCCGGGAUCAGCAUUGCUUGGUGGAAGAGGAAUCACAAUGCACACCACAUUGCUUGUAACAGCCUCGAGUUUGAUCCAGAUCUUCAGCACAUGCCUUUCUUUGCGGUAUCUUCGAAACUGUUCAAGUCACUUAGGUCCUUUUAUUAUGAUAGGAAGAUGAAUUUCGAUAAGUUUACUAGGUUCUUGGUUAGUUACCAGCACUGGACAUUUUACCCUGUCAUGUGUUUUGCUAGGAUUAAUCUUUUCGCCCAGUCAUUCAUGUUGUUAGGGUCUAAGAGGUUGAGGGUGCCCAAUAGGGGUCAGGAGAUUCUGGGGCUUGUAGUGUUUUGGAUUUGGUUUCCACUGCUGGUUUCAUGCUUGCCUAAUUGGAGUGAGAGGGUCUUGUUUGUUGUUGCUAGCUUCUCGAUCACUGGGGUUCAGCAUGUUCAGUUCUGCUUGAACCAUUUCUCUUCAAGUGUCUAUGUUGGUACACCUGUUGGGAAUGACUGGUGUGAGAAGCAGACUAAUGGGUCACUUGAUAUAGUGUGUCCAUCUUGGAUGGAUUGGUUUCAUGGUGGGUUGCAGUUUCAAAUCGAGCACCAUUUGUUUCCGAGAUUGCCUAGAAAGUACCUUAGGAAGAUUGCUCCUCUUGUUAAGGAGCUUUGCAAGAAGCACAAUCUGCCUUAUACUAGUGUGUCAUUCACAAAGGCCAACACAUUGACAGUUGGGACUCUGCGCGCUGCGGCCCUGCAGGCUCGUGAUAUGACCAGCCCGGUUCCAAAGAAUUUAGUUUGGGAAGCUGUACACACAUAUGGCUGAUGAGGCCAAUGUCUUUUUGAAGGUGAAGCUUUCUGAGAAUUUGAUGCUGCUCUGGUGUGGUUUAUUAUGCCCAAUGACAAUGAUGAUGUUAAAGGGGUAUAAUUAUGAUUGAUAGCUGAGGGUGGUCAUCUAUCAUUUCAACUGGAACAAUAAUAAUCACCUCUUGGAUUGCUUUGAUCUUUUUAAUAUCUGCUAUCUUGUAUCAGAAGUUCAUUUCUUUUAUGGAGUAGUUGAUGUUGUACGUCCAUCUCCUCCGGGGGUGUAGAGUAAUGUGUUUUGAGGAUUAUGCUUAUUUGAAUCCGAUAGCUCACUCACUAUCUCUUUCAGCU